AUGAAUGAUGUGAUGAGAGCACAGGCUAUCCAAAUAAUGGAUAACCUAUUGGCUCAUCCAAUUAGCAACUAUUUUAAGUUCGAAGUUGUUCCUGGAGUUGAUGCUGAUGUUGAUUACACAGAUUACGUGAAGAACCCACAAGACUUGAAUACAAUUAAGAAAAGGCUAGAAGGAAAUCAAUAUAAUAACUUAUAUUCAUGGAUGCAAGACGUUGAAAUUGUUUGGGCAAAUGCAGAAAGAUAUAACGGGUCUGGAUCUGAUAUGGGUAUUGCUGCAAGAGAAAUGAGACGCCAAUUUGAGCGCGAAAGGAGAGUAUUUUGUUCAAAUAGUAAAAGUUCUUGGAUUGCAGAAGUAUUUCGCUUACGAAUCAAGAUGGAAAAGCUUGUACAAGCAUCUCCAUCGAAAAUACACAAGAAUAUACAUGAAGCAUUCAUGAUGUCCCUUCCAAAAAUCGAAAUUUUAGAAAUAUCUGAACACGAAUUGCAAUGUUUAAAGAUUGCUUUAGAAAUGCUGAACAGCGAGGAAACAUCCCAAGAAAUACUAAGAAUUAUUUACGAAAAACAACCUGAACUCAAAAGUAUAUAUACAAACCAAACAUUAGAUUUAGGAUUUUUAAAGCUUCCUACGCUGAUGGCAAUUAGAGAUUUUGCAAAACGCUGCCUGGAAAAUCAAGGCAAAAAAUAUCCCGAAUAA